AGAACAAUAAGAAGUGGGUUAGUCUGGAACACAUGUGGUGUCUGAAAGCAAUAGCCCUUAUUGCAGAUACAUGGUCGUUUCGCUGCUUGUGGCAGCAUUUUCUCUUCAAACAUAUCUACAUUGGACAAACCUGGUGUAUGGGGUGCUGCUUUCUGAGGCUUAAGUGACCAUGAGCAGGCGAAGGUGGCGGAGCAUUAGGGGGAGGAAGAGCUCAAGCAGCAGCAAACAGAGUGUGUCUCCCUUCAUCUUUCAAAAGACAAGCAAAAGUAACAGUGUGUGUUGCAAAGAUGAACUUACUGAGAAAGGAGAAACUGAUUCUUUGAGGAAAGAAAAUGUUUUGUCAGCAUCAGAUGAAGAGGACGAGAAAUACAAUGGCAUUCCAAGCAAGGAGAAAAAAAGCAAACAAGAUAAUGAAAGUAAUUGUUUUCAAAACAAAAGGAUCUCAAAGCCAAAGGACAAAGAAACAGGAAUGAAUAUUGUAACUUCUGUAACUUUUGAGAACUCAAAACAAUCAUUUCCUAACAUCAUAUUUGAGCAGUCUCGUGAAUCAUUUUUGGAAGAAAUCACUGACUGCACUGUGGCCAUAACCACAACAAAAGUAAAAUGCAAUGUUUCAAAUGUGAAGUUUCAAAUUCAGGAAGUUCUACAGCCCAAUAACUUGGGUAGGAAGACAACAUUUGUUGUCCAGUGUCAACAGGGAGAAGGCACCAACGCUCGUUUUCAUAACGAAUUUGAGACUAGACUUACACUAAAAGAAGAAUCCUUUGAGCAGUCUCAAAAUGGAGUAUUAACUAAUGAAAACAAGCGACAACACAACACGUUAAACUAUAAAUUAACUCUGAGCAAAACUGGCGAGGAAGCCCAAGAGACGAAAAAUACAAUUCCAUCUUGGUCUUUUAGCCCAUCAGCCUGCCGCAAAAGCUGUUGUGACAAUGACACAGACUUUACUGUACCGAAUGGAUCAUGUAGCCCUUCCUGGCCUCAAUGGACAAAGUCUUCAAUUUGUAGCAGCUUCAGCAGUGAUGUAUUGUAUGACAUUCCCCCUCCUUUGGAGUUUGCCGACAGUAAGUACAACACUCUGGAUGGCCUCACAGAAGAUAUAGCAUCUUUUCACAUUGACGCUUCUUGCUCACCUUGUAAACAUCAGGAGGGUUUUAGUCCAACAUCUUCUAAUAAGUACAUUGAAGACUCUUGUUAUCCCCAGUGUUUGGAUGGCACAGAGAGUGCAAAUCUUUUACAUGUAUUCGAUCAGUUAUCAGAAUCAGACAAUUACGAACCCAUGUUCAUGAGACCAUCAUCCGUGAGUAGGGCCAGCUACACCAAAGACUUUAUCCACAGUCAUGAGGGAAAGAACUGGAUGCGAAACAACAGCAUUGCCACUGUGGAACCCAACCCCUGUUCUUCAGCAAGUUAUCUUGGCAAGACAACAAAGAGGAGAAGAACUUUCCCUGGGGUAUCUGAUGGUCAUAGAUCAAUACAGGAAGACCUUCCCUCCUACAAGGAAUCAUUUUCAUCAGAUACAAUCUCACAUUUCGUAAUGCAGUCCCUUCCUCAUCACACAGAGAGACUUGGGCGGUUCAAUCAAGUAGACGACAGGCUUUCCCCUUUCAGUAUCAAUAGUGAAAAUACCUUGCAAAGCAGUUGCACACCCGGUUCAAGAAAUACAAAAACCCAACUUGUAAGACAAGAACUGGUGGAUCCAUUCUACAAAACCAAGUAUGUGCAGAACCCUGAGGAAGUUGUCCCAGGAGAUGGAAAAUUCCCAGAACAUAGACUAGGACAUGGACACGGACAGGUGGAUGAGAUGUAUUUUACAGGUAACUGGUAUGAAGUAACUGAUCAGGUGAACACUAAUGCUGGAGAACAAGUGGAGCAGAAUGAAGUGGCAGAGAGUGGAUAUGAGGAAGAGAUGCUGGAGGCUGAAGAGCACACCCCAGAGCCAGUAGUGGAGGAGUUUUCUCAGGGGGACCUGCUCAUUCAGGUUAUUCCUCCUUCUCGCACCACAUCAGAGGAGUACAUUCUGGAAGACAUCCCCAAAAGAAAUCUACCACCUGAAGGAGAUGUAAAGGUCAUAACCAAACAGGGGGCGCAUGACAUGUUGCCCAAGUGUAGGAGAGGCUCAGUCAUGACCAUAAUCCUUAGGGAGUCUGAUCAUAGGUGCUUGUCAACUGAUUCCAAGUCAGCAGAAGGCAGUUCAAAUGAAAUGCACCACAAAGACAACUUGAACUCAGAAGCACCUUUGGUGUCCCCUAUCUUGGACAUGGUGGAAGGGGAAUCACCUAGCACAUGUGAGGUCAUUGAUGAACUUCACCCAACAACAUCAAUAGCUUCUUCUCCAGAAAUCAGCAUCUCUAGUCUUGCUCUCAUACAUACUGAGGAUAAUCAAACACCCAGGUCUGCCACUAGCUCCACUGACCAAGAGACAGAAAGCCAGAAGAAAACACAGUUGUAUCAAAAAGACUCGGUCGAAAAACAUAGUAAAUCUUCCUUUGAGGGGAAAGAGCACCUGAAGCCUCCAUCAGACUCUAUGCACAAAGACCCCGACAGUGGGCCAGACCACUGGGCAAAGAGGCGAAAGCUGUUCAAGGAGAGCCGGCAGUGGAGCUCUGCAGGAGGAAGUUCCAUAACAAGUGACAUUACAGAGGAGUCUGUUUCAGAGGAUAAUCACUCAAUGGACAUGACUGUGCGAGAUGUUGAAGAUAAAGGUUUUUAUACAGAAACCUACCACUCAGCAUCAUGGAUUUACAGAGGAGAUGAGCCCAGUCCAACCAAUAGCGCUCCUGUUCUUACCACUCAACCUCGACCUGUCACAAUUCGUGAGAGAACUGUUAGGAUCUGCAAGGGGAUGGGGGACUACCCCUGGGGAUUCAGAAUCCAAUUCUCCAAACCUAUUAUCGUCACAGAGGUCGACACCAAUGGAGCAGCUGAGGAGGCGGGGCUUCAAGUGGGAGACUAUGUCAUGGCCGUUAAUGGAACUGAUGUCACUAGUGUUCCACACUCUGAGGCAGCCGACUUGGCCAGGCAAGGCCCAGACCUACUGACCUUGACAAUUGGCUCAGACAUCGGACGCAGUCCUAACACUCCAAGACCAGCAUGUCGGGGAUACCUCCACAAGCGCACACAAUCUGGCUUGAUCAAGGGAUGGAGGAAGAGGUGGUUCGUACUGCGACAUGACUGCUGUCUUUACUACUACAGGCACAAAAGGGAUGAGGGCAGUAGACGGGCUCUGUCAGCUGUUAGGCUGGAGGGGGCUGAGGUGGGAGCUGACACCAGUCUUGGUAAACCCUUUGUUUUCAAGUGCUGCCCCCUAUCAGCCAGCCGAGUGUACUUCCUCUGUGCUACAUCUAGCCAGGAGAUGAAAAGAUGGUUGGAGGCCAUGGGAAGAGCGACACAUCCAGUUACUCAGCACCACGUGUGGGUAGAUGUGACUCGCCACAACGCUAACCUGCCUCCUCUGGCUGUCAAGAACCCAGAGUGUCUGGGCCUGCUCCACCAGAUAGACCGCAACAAGGAUAUGUGUGUUCAACACUACUGCAUACUGAAGGAUGGAUGUCUCUACUUUUACCAUGGCAUCCGUUCUACCCAUGCUCUUGGUGGUAUAUACUUGCAUGGAUACACAGUAAGGGAACAGAUGUUGGGAUCCAAAAAAUCCACCAUUGAACUAAAACCACCAUCUGAGGAGUUCAAAACGUUUUAUCUUUGUGCUGAGGACCCCACUGAAAACAAACGAUGGAUUGUAGCUUUAAAAGCAUCAAUAAAGAAAUGGCUUCCCCUGCAUCAGGCUAUUCAGGACUAUAUGAAUCGGCCUCCAGAAGAAACUAGGAUGUGAGCCCCUUGCUCUUUUCAGGAGAAUCUUCCUAUUAGGUUUCUGUUUCUGUUUGUCUACAAUCUACAAAUCUAAAAAUAAAUUUAAUUAACAGGAUAAAAUCACAGAAUUGUAUAUUGGUUGUGUUUGACAUUACUGUGAGAGAUAUCAGGUGAAUGUUUCAGUCCAUCCGCUUAGAAGUGUCUGUCGUAAAAUGAUCCUGAUAAGUUGCAACCUCCUGAUUUUCAAGGCGGUUACAUUCAAUUCCAUACACUGUGUUGACAAAAUCCCAUUCUUUGACUAGAUUGCUCCUACACUGAGUAAUUUGUAUCUAAAGUAAUGUUUCUUGAAAUACUACAAUUACUUCCUGCAGUGCUCUUUAUAAGUUAAAUAGCGUACAUUGAAAGUACAACAAAACAAAGGCUUUCUUACACAUUGUUGUACAAUAUUGUAUUUAAGUGCUCUGAUACUAGUGCUGCAGAAUUUUUAAGCUUUUAUACAAUUUGAUAAUCUCUUGAAAAUAAGUCUUGCAUACUUUGAAUGAUAAGCUGUGUAAUGUAGGA